GGGUCGGAAAGCGUGAUACUUGUCACAAUAUCCCACCCUACAAAACAAGUUUGUCUGAUUUUGCAUCGUCUCUCUCUCACCUCAACUCUUUCCACCCUGCAAAUCCUCCCAGAAAGAAACAAGCGAAAAAAAAGGAAGAAGAAUUUUGCAUGAAUUCUUCCGCAAAGCACAACCCACUUUUUGGAUUGAAUUAGUUAUUGAUAUUUUGCUACCCAAAAUGGCUACUGCUUUGUUAGUCCCUCCCCACCUCUGCUUCAAUUCUAGAGCUGUUCAAUCCUUCCCAGCCUCAAAUUCCACCUCCUCCGGUCACCGUUUUGGGUUGAAAAUCAGAGCCGUAAAGGAGAAGACGGAAGAGAUUAAGCCUUCUGCUUCCGCGGAAGAAAUUACAAAGAAGUAUGGGCUGGAAGUCGGUCUUUGGAAGAUAUUCAGCUCAAAGGAAGAACCAGAUGGAGAAAACAAAGGAAGCAAAUCCAAAGGGGAACAAGCCAAAGAACUGUUAGCAAAAUAUGGAGGAGCAUAUUUGGCCACUUCGAUUACUCUGUCUUUGAUCUCCUUCGGCCUUUGUUAUGCACUGAUUAAUGCUGGAGUUGAUGUUCCAGCUCUGUUGCAGAAGAUCGGAAUAUCUACAAAUGAGGCUGGAGAAAAAGUGGGUACUUUUGCUUUGGCUUAUGCUGCUCACAAAGCUGCAUCUCCUAUAAGAUUUCCUCCCACUGUUGCUCUUACACCCAUUGUAGCUAGCUGGAUUGGGAAGAAAGUUGAUAAAGAGAACUGACUCGCAAUUGGCUCGAGGAUUGCGCUAGGCAUUUUGCAGGGAAUAUGUAUGUAGAAUUUGUACUGCUCUAAUACAAGUACAUGGAACAAAUUCGUAAUUUAUGGUAUUGGUAUCUAUCUAUCUAUAUAUUAUACUAAGGCAAAAACCAGAUAGAGAAAACUAAAGGCAUGGAACACAUGUCACAUAUAAUUAAAUCUUAUGUGGUAUUUUUUUAAUUUCUUAGACUUAAAAAUGCAC